AUGACUUCAUCCCUUCCAACCAAACUGAUCCAAUCGCUCAGUGAUCUGCACCCCAAACCGUCACAUAUACAUUUCCAGUAUGGUACUGCUGGCUUUAGGACUCUCGGCAGCACGCUCGACUCCGCGCUAUUCCGAGUAGGUAUCAUUGCUGCCUUGAGGAGCAAGAAACUCGAUGGCAGAACGAUUGGUGUAAUGGUCACUGCGUCUCAUAACCCGGAACCAGAUAAUGGUGUGAAACUGGUCGAUCCUCGAGGAGAGAUGCUAGAAGCCGCCUGGGAGGGUCACGCCACGACAAUAUCCAAUGCGUCCACCUCUUCGGAUCUAAUCGAGGCGCUUGAGAGUCUGGUACAAACGGCCAAGAUCGACUUAUCCAAGCCAGCCAAUGUAGUCUAUGCGCGAGACACGCGUCCCUCGGGACCUGGACUAGUCUCUGCCCUCGAAGAUGGUUUCAAGGCUAUGAGCGCGACAUCUCGAAAUGCCGGAGUCGCUACCACUCCCAUCCUCCAUUAUCUCGUAAAGUGCAUCAAUACGAAGGGGACUAAAUACAGUUACGGCGACGACUCCGAAGAGGGUUAUUAUCGAAAACUCAGUACCUCUUACAAGAAACUUGUUGCAGGAAAGGCCGUCCAGCCGCCUCUGAUUGUGGAUUGUGCGAACGGGGUCGGGGCUUUGGCUGCUGAACAACUCAACGAAUAUCUUGGAGACACGUUACAACUUGUUUUGGAAAACACAUCUAUCACUACGCCAGGCGCUCUGAAUAAUGCCUGCGGUGCAGAUUAUGUGAAAGUCUCCCAGAAACUACCACCCUCUUUGUCCAGCGUUCUCAAGCCAGGACAACGUGCUUGCAGUCUUGACGGAGACGCGGAUCGAUUGAUUUAUUACUAUCUUGAUGAUCGCGGUGUUUUCCAUAUGUUAGAUGGCGAUAAAAUCGCCGCACUCGUGGCCGCGUUCAUUGUGGAUUUGGUAAAGGUCGCCGGUCUAGAAGAUCAGAUAAAGGUAGGUGUUGUCCAGACAGCGUAUGCGAAUGGGGCAUCCACUAGAUAUUUACAAGAGCGUCUUCCCGUCAAAUGUGUUCCUACUGGCGUCAAACACCUGCAUCACGCCGCCGAAAGGUACAACGUUGGUGUCUACUUUGAGGCAAAUGGCCAUGGGACCGUGCUAUUUUCUCAACCAACCUUGGACAAACUCGCAGAAUAUCAGCCCUCCACGCCUGCUCAGUCCAGAGCUGUCGAACAUCUUGUCAGUUUAACUGAGCUCAUCAACCAAACUGUUGGAGACGCGCUCUCGGACAUGCUCCUGGUAGAGGUUGUGCUUGCGCACAAGUCAUACAGCGGCGAGGAAUGGAAUUCCUUAUAUGUCGACCUUCCUAAUCGCCUAGCAAAAGUUUCCGUUCCAGACCGGAAUACAUUCAGAACCGAGGAUGCGGAGCGUCGCUUGGUCUCUCCACCUGGUCUUCAAACAAAAAUAGACGAGCUUAUCAACAGAUAUCAAGGCGGACGUUCUUUUGUUCGGCCAAGUGGGACGGAGGAUGUUGUUAGAGUGUAUGCUGAAGCGGCACUUAGGACUCAAGCUGACGAGCUUGCCAUGCGCGUUGCUGGGUUGGUAUAUGAUGAGGCAGGUGGAGAGGCAGCUAGUCGACCUAAAGAAUUCUUGUAG